UGUGGUAAUCCACAAGCAGAGAUAUCUUACGGUACACAAGAUGGGGGAACGUCCGACCGCCUUUCGCCAGCGAAAACUUUCCUCGCUGGUUUACGAUGAGGAUGAAGUCGAGGAACUCUGGGCGGCCGUGGACUCGGGAAACUUCGGCCAAGUUCGGAAACUGAGCCGAGGGGAGCUGGAACUCGACCGUGUGUAUGGCGAGAAGGCCUUCAACUUCCUGUGGCAGGCUGGACUAAGGAAUCACCUGGACAUUGUACGAGAGCUGAUUCGCGCAGGCGCAGACGUGAACUGGCGACAGCCCACCACGGGUGACACACUGCUCAUGUUCGCCGUCAAGAUGCAGAAAGAGGAGCUGGUGUGUACACUGCUGGAAGAAUGCGACCCCCCGAGUGACGUCAACCUGCCGAACAGCUGUUUUGAGCUGCCCCUUCACGCGGCUGUGGAGGCGGGGAAUGUGGACCUGGUGCAGAUCCUGCUGCAGAGCAGGGCCAAGGUCAACUUCAAGAAUAUAGAUGGCGACACUCCCCUGCAUUAUGCUGUGAAACGCGAAAGCAAGGAGAUCGCCUCCAUUCUCUUAGACAGCGGCUGCCGAAGCGACAUUGCGAACGACGAGGGCCAGACAUGCCUCCAUCUUGCCGCCAUGAAAAACAACAUGGACCUGGUCCAACUGCUGGUCAAAGCAGGCUGCAGCGCCAGGACCAGAGACAAGGCGAAGAAGGUCCCACAGGACUACGCCACAGACACAGCUAUUGUAGACUAUCUGGACAUGCAACCUGCCAUAGAUUAGAAGUCUGUCACAGUGCUAACAAAAACUGU